UGACUUGCGCCUGAGACAUCGCAACCAUUCUAUUGUGUGGAGUACUCGUGUAAGCAUCAUUAAGGGUGUGAUUCGUUUAUAUAAAUAAAUAUAGCAAUAAUGACCGAAGUUAGAAAGGAUGAUGUUGUAAAAAUUCUUCACACUUAUCCACUUUGUCGAAAAUGUGAUAUGUCCGAUGAGAUGAAACAAGAAGCAAUGGAAUUAUGUGUGACUGCAGCAGAGAAGUAUGCAGAUAAUUAUGAAAGCGUAUCUCGAAUGAUUAAGGAAACAAUGGACAAGAAAUUUGGUGCAUCAUGGCAUACUGUCGUUGGAGAAGGCUAUGGUUUUGAAAUAACUUAUCAAUUAAAACACCUUCUGUAUAUGUAUUGCGCCGGCAAUUUAGCGAUAUGCAUUUGGAAAUCUGCAUAGAGUGACUUUAAUUGUAAUUGUACAAUGCAUUUUUAAAACAGAUAUUUAUUUACUUUAAGUAUUUAUAUAAGUAUUUAUACAAAGUAUUUGUAUAAUUGUGACAACGAUAUAAGAAGAAAAAAAAUAUUUUUUAUGCAUCUCAUAAUAAAUAUAUACAUAUAUGGGUCCAAUCUGUAUUUAACUGUAUUUAAAUUAGAUGUUUAUAUCAUCAUAAUUAAAUAUAGUUGCAUAUUGGAAAUAACAUCAAGUAGAUAUAUCUAUAAUAAUUGAAAUAUAAAUAAUGUAUUGAGAAUAUUUUCUUCUUGUUUCUGGCAAAACUUUUGAGAAUUAUAAUAUGCAUGGCAUUGUGUGUAAUAUAUAAGAUUCAAGUCAAAUAUAUACU